CCACGGCGGCUGGGACCCGGGGACGCCGCGGCGGCGCGGGGCGGCGGGGGAAGGAAGGAAACGGGGACCGUGGGAUGGACAGGGGCAAAGUGAAGAAGAGGGAAAAGGGAAGGGGGACGGAGAAGGAGAAAAUUAGGGAAAAAGAAAAGAAGGGGAAAGAGAAAGGGGAGGAGGAAAGGAGUAUGAGUAAAGAAGAGGAUAAAGAGAAGAGUAGAGAGCGAGGGAAGGAGACAAAGAAAGAGAAGGAAGAAGCUGAGGAGGAAGGGAAGAGCAUAAGCACCUUGACGAGGCCCCCGCUUGAGCCGCCGGAGAAAAAUAAGCAGAUCCUAGUGCUGGGCCUGGAUGGAGCGGGAAAAACCAGUGUCCUCUACUCUCUAGCUUCAAACAGAGUCCAGCACAGUGUGGCACCCACCCAAGGUUUCAAUGCAGUUUGCAUCGACAUUGAAGACAGCCAGAUGGAAUUCCUGGAGAUUGGUGGCAGUGAACCUUUCCGUUCCUACUGGGAAACGUACCUGUCCAAGGGUUUGCUGCUAAUCUUUGUGGUGGAUUCAGCAGAUCACAAACGAUUGCCUGAAGCAAAGAAAUGCCUUCAUCAACUAAUUGGAGCAAACCCAGUCCUUCCUCUGGUUGUUUUUGCAAACAAACAGGAUCUUGAAACAGCCUAUCACAUUACAGAUAUCCAUGAAGCUUUGGCAUUAUCUGAGGUGGGAAAUGACAGGAAGAUGUUCUUGUUUGGAACCCACCUGACUAAGAAUGGCUCAGAGAUACCCUCCACCAUGCAAGAUGCCAAAGACUUGAUUGCACAGUUGGCUGCAGAAGUGCAGUGACCAGGAACAGCCCCACUGUGCAGCUCAUGAUUGAAAUGUCACCAGGGAGUGUUGAAUGGCAGGCUUAAAGCCAAAGGCUUUCACUUUCAAAUAAAAGAUAAGCCAUUUCCUA